AUGGGAUUAGGCAGAGGCGGAUCAUCACCGUGGAUACUUCGAAAAGAUGGUUUCGGACAGCUCAGGCUUUACCUAUGUGAUUUCGCAUCCUCCAGAAGACGACAACGAGCAGCUGAAAAUCACCCGACGGCCAUCACAUCGACGGAAGAUUCUGGUCUCGGAACAUUUCCUUUCCAGAAACUUCCACCAGAAGUACAACUGAAAAUACUUGAACAAUGUUCGACUAGUGUUCUACAGUCACUACGCCUUGUAUGUCGUUCAAUAAAUCGCCUUAUUGCUCGAAAUUGGAGCCGUCUUCCGCCGCGACGAAUAGGUACAGUAGCAGUUCUUCAAGAUUUUUUGAUGUCCGACAACGAUUUCCUUUACAAGAAAUGCAUUUCUCGUGAAUUCAGCAGUUUCUAUGGUGCUACAAUCUCAAUGCUAUAUUUUGAUCAGGUCGAGGUGACGUGGGCUAUUUUUCAACAGCUCUCACGUGCCCUUAAGCGAUCGAGAAUCUCCGUGGUUGUGUUGGCGGCCAGUAACUGCACAUUCACAUGUAGUGCAAAUGAUUUUGCCGAUUUUCUUAAAUCCCAUUGUAUCGACAGAAUGGUGAUCGAGAUGAGACGAGUGGACGAUUUCUCGAUGAAAUUAUGGCGAGACUUGAAAUAUGAACACGUUCAAAGUGUAAGUAAGAAAUGA